AUGGCGGAACCGGUGAUAGCUAAGCUGGGGACGGGGGUGGUGGCGGCGGCGGCGGCGGCGGGUUUGCAGCCAACGGAGUUCUCAUCCCCCAUGCCAUCGCGGGAGGAACACACUGCCAUCGGCGGCAGGGCGCAACUCUUAGCUGCAGCUGCCGGUUCCCGCGGGGCGCCACGGGUGGAGGUGCCAGCCUCGGUAGUCCUGCGGCGGCGACGCGGCAACAGCCAGCUGCACCCCCAGCAGGAUGCCACAUCGGAGUGCGGGGAGGCGCCCGGCACGGGGAAGCCGCAAAUCACUGUUUUCACGCAGCACGGCCCCAUUCACACGGCGGGCGAUGGCGGCCACAACCACGCCCCGCACGCUGCAGCUAUGGCGUCGUCCAAGGUGUCUCUGCGAGCCACGGGGUCAGUCGCCUCCAGAGGAAAGGGCGAGGGUGGGGCGCACGAUGGCAGCAACGGAGCGGCAUUGCAGCGUCACUGCUCCUCUGAGCAUCCCCGAAGGCAAAAUAGUUUGACGCGGCAUAAUGAGGGAUCACUCGUGGAGGUGCAAAAUGGCGAUAGGAACUCCGCUAGACGGUCAUCACGGCGUCGCAGCGGCAGUAAUGCCUACGGCAACGGUAAAACCAACGAGGUUGCCACAAUAGACGGCAACAGUGGGCAUAAAUCAGCGGCCUCUAUCUACACAGUCGCGCAUUCUGCCGUUGGCCUGCACGCACCCCUUACGGCGCUGCGCCUGACCGACCUUGAGUGCCCCGUUGCAAAGCGCGGGCAGGUGACGCUCCGCGCCAAGGCAAACAACACGAAAUGCUCACGAAUGCGGCAUAAAGUAGUCAACCUCUACUUGUGUAAGUACUCACUUCUCCGGAUCAUUGCAGAGGAGCAGGGAUUUAGGACGCAGGAAACAGAAGAGGAGUUGGAAAAGAAUCAAUUCAAUCUAGUAUGGUCCGACACUGUGCUUCCGUUGACGCGUCUGGUAAGACUGGCAAACUGGCAGCGCACCAAUCAUUUUCCCUCGAUGUAUCUGCUCUGCCGCAAGGGCCACUUGGGUGUCACACUUGGAAAGAUGCGCCGAGUGCUCCCCUCGCACUUUCUCUUCUACCCGAGGACAUGGUCGCUUCGCAGUGAGCGGCAUCAGUUUGUGCGGUUCAUGAUGGCGCUCCGCUCCAGGAAGGUCUCCAGGUUUUUCAUCCUGAAGCCCAAUUCCGGUUGCCAGGGCCGUGGCAUCAUCAUCUCGAGAGACCCACUGGCUGCCGUGGAGGACGCGGAAAACUACAUUGUGCAGAGCUACGUCGCGAGGCCGCUGCUGUUGGAGGGGCGCAAGUUUGACCUUCGCGUGUACGUCUUGCUCACCUCCAUUCGCGCCCCAUCGAUCUUCAUGUUCAACGACGGCCUCGUGCGGCUCUGUGCCGAGCUGUACGAAAAACCCAACGAUGGCAACGCCCGCAACGCAUGCCAGCACCUGACGAACUACGCCGUGAACAAGCACAGUCCGGAGUAUGUGUUUAACGAUAACGCUGAGCAUGGCCACCUUGGCAACAAGCGCAACUUCAAGUUUCUUAAUGAAUGGUUAGAGGCAGCAGGUCAGUGCCCAGAGGAGUUUUGGUCGUCCGUUGCCCACGUCAUUUGCAAAACCAUCCUUGUUGCGCAGCCGCAGAUCGCCAGCGUCUACAACUCCUGUUUUCCGCGGCCAAACGACGGCUACAACUGUUUUGAGCUGCUGGGCUUUGACAUCCUCAUUGACUACAAGAUGAAGCCGUGGCUGUUGGAAGUCAAUCACACGCCCUCGCUGGCCACCGACACCCCGCUCGACUACGACAUCAAGCACGCCCUCGUCAGGGAGGUGUGGGAUAUUAUUGGCAUCAAGGCCUCCGACAGAAGGCAGAUGGAAAAAAAGGAGCGGGACGACUUUAUGCAACGUGUGAUGCGAAAGCCGAUGCCCACACAAAAUGCGACAGGCAGCAAUGGUGUGAGAAGCAACGAAGUCAUAUCGUCCACCGCGACACCCGCCACGAACUCCCUGUCGCAACAGCAGCAACAACAACUCCUCAAGACCACCUCGACCCUCACUGCGGCCACGCAGGAGCAGGCCAUGGAGGCGGUUAGCCUCGUUGAAGAGCGGCGCGCUCACGAAGACGCGAAAUUAUGCAACUUCCAGCGCAUCUACCCCACAACACAUGCGCAGCACCAGAUCGUGUAUGACGCCAUCCUGACGCAGGCCCAGGCACAAUUUGGCUCACCGCGCCCUUCCUGGGUGAGCUCGCCUGCACCAAACUCGCCGCAGACAACAGAGGAGCGUCAACGACGUUUUGAUUCCCUAGCUGUGGGCAUGAACACCCCACACCGCGUUCCCCUCGGGAUGAGUCUGCGAGAUCGAAGUGCGUUGCCGACCCCAGUUGAAACAGGCGCGGAUAUCUCAAUUAAUUCUCCCUCGAAUAUUUCUACGCUCUCCAUGGGGCAACAAAUGCAGCGGCUUUGUGAGGACAUGAAGCUUACUCAGCGCCGUGGCAAACUGACACCGCGGGUAGGCUCUUUCCUCAACCCCACAAUGGGCAGUAAAAGUGGUAUGAGCAACGACGAACAACACCCCACCCAUGGACCCUCGGAUUCACCGCCAUCGACUGAAACGGCGGCGACCAAGUUGGCACCAGGGCGGAAGCGUCCAGUGCUGGGCCGUAUAUCUGUGGUGAAGGGCGCUGACGGCCCACCACGUAAGCUGCACAUCAUUACUACGAAGCUGACACCCUGUGGACCCCCUGGCGCACCCCCUGUUGACACUUCUCCACCAACCACAGACCGUCUCGAGGCGAUGCGGAGCCUGCAGCAGCGUCUUGACCAAGAUGCUGAAUGUGAACGAUCUCCGUCUCAUGACAGUGCUGAUGGGAGCUCCUUUGGCUUAGGGGAGGAGGAGUAG